AUGGCAGAUCCAAGUUCCAAUGCUCCCUAUGACCCCCACUGCAUGGAUGAUGUUUUGAAGUUCCUCGAGAUUGAGAAUCCUACGCUUGACGACUUCACCACUCCGGAGAAACCCUUUUUACACCCCUCCUCUCCAAUGCCUCACUGCACCACCGAUCAAAUCGAUGGUAAUACCAUUGACCCUUUGGAGGAUCCAUUCAUUAGGGAUUUCUAUAACAAUGACCCCCACAAUUCUCAACUGGCUUAUGGGAAUCAAAGUGAAACAGUUUGUGGGAAUGAUGUGAAUAAUUCAAGGCCACUUUCACUUUGGCCAACUGAUCCCAUCCCAUAUCAUUGCAGUUGUUGCCAGUCAUUGAGAGAAAUCCUUCAUACUAAUGGUUUUGAUGUUACGAAACUAGAGAUUCAUGGAAGACUUGGGAUGAUCUGUCAUGCUGUUCUUACUGUUGAACCAGGUAGUAAUACCCCAGGCCCUCGAUAUCAAAUGUUUGAAAAAACUCAUUUUGAUGCACUUCCCAAUAGUUUCUGUAAAAAGAGCAUAGAGGACGUGAAGCAGUUUCUGACCCAAUAUUGCAUAGAUCGAAGCCAAGCCGGAUUUACGAUGAUCAAGGAUCCGCUCUCCGUUUUCUACCAAACCUUAUGCGUCGGGUUCCUCCGGGAUGAAAAUUUGUACAACGUCCAACCAUCGUCGAUUUCAGGCGGCAAUCAAAUGGAUCAAGCAGGGAACAGUAAUAAUAAUCAAGAGAAACCUGCUAAGCCCUCCUUGGCCGUACAGAGAGAGAGAACGAGAAACCUGACAUUGAAAGAGAUUGAAAACUAUUUUCAUCUGCCAAUAGAGAAGGCAGCCAAGAAGAUGGAAUUUUCUGCAACUGUAGUGAAGAAGAUAUGCCGCAAAUAUGGUCUUUCAAGAUGGCCCCAUAGAAAGAUUCAAAGCAUGGAGAAGAAGAUAUCGAAUUGGGUGGAAAGUUUAAGUUCAAAUGAUCCAAAAGAAAGGGCUCGUGCUAAAAAAGAAAUCGAGAACCUGCAACGAGAGAUUGCCAAAUUUGGUGAGGGAUCCAGCAAGCUAGGUGAUGAUUGA